AUGAGCUCAACCUAUCAAGUCGGAGAUGUAUCCAAGCUCUUCGGAACCAGCAAUGAUGAAGAAGCCUCAUCAUCAUCGCUCAUUGUUGUACCUAAUCAACCAAAGAAAACUGAAGAUGAUGAUUUUAUAUCGAACCUGAAAAAGAGAGCAAUCGAUAAUGAAGACCAAGAUGAUGAUGAUUCUGCUUCUUCCGAUAAAGAAACAAAGAAAAAGCCAAAGAAGAAAAAAACAAAAGUUGAGCCAAGUAAGAAAAAGAGAAAGGAAGAGAAGCGAAAAGAAAAGGAAGAAUCUGAAGAGUCCGACAAUGAAGAAGAAAACCAAACUGAGCAAAAAACCAAAUAUGAUGCAAGAGAGGGUGAAAUAGAGAUAGAAGACGAGAUCCAUGACUCAGAAAAAGAAGAUAAGGAUGAUGAUACAUUCAAAUCAAAGAGAAAAAGAUUAACCAAGAAGGAAAAGAAAGAAAUAAGAAAAAAGGAUGACAAUACUGUAUUUGUUUCUAAUUUUCCAAUUCCUCUUGAAGAUAAGAAUUUGAAAAAGUCCAAACAAUUAGUCACAAAAUUAUUUUCAGUAUAUGGUACCAUUGAAAGCGUUCGAUUUAGAUCUCUGUGCUAUGAAAAAUCAAAAAUUCCUACUAGAAAAGGCCACUUGGCUUCUGGUUUGAGAACUAAAGAUUAUGGAAAUGUAUAUAUUCACUUUGAAGAGAUGAAUACACCCAUGGAAAAGAUCAUUUCUGAUUUGAAUGGUAAAAUUCUAAAUGGAAGACAUCUCAAUGUUGAUGAUGCAAAUCAUACCUCAAUUACCAAAGAAGAUAAGGAACGUUCCGUUUUCAUUCAAAAUUUGCCAUUUGAAAUUGACGAUGAAGAAAUUUGGGAAACCAUUGGAAGUGAAUUUCCAAUUUAUAGGAUUCGUAUUGUGAGAGAUCCAAUCUCUGGUAAAUGCAAAGGCUUUGGCUAUGUUCAAUUUAAAGACAAGGAAACUGCAGAAACUCUCUUGAAAACUAUGAAAUCAAGAAAACCACACAUUAUCCAAGGUAGAAAGUUGGAAAUAUUAAAAUGCAAAGUUUAA